AUGUCUGAUCUCGCAGAACUUGGCUCCAAACUCUUCAGUCCCAACCCCCAAUCUCGACCAAAGAUUGUGGGCACGGAGAAACGAAUCCGGGGAGUGCUUAAUGGCAAAUACAUCUUUGACACCACGACCGCGAAGCUCGUGUGGGAGAAUGGAUACUAUCCGAUGUAUUGGAUCCCCAAGGCCGACUUCCUCGACAACGCCAAGUUCACCGACGACAAGCCCAUUUCGGGCAUCGACUCGUCCACCUCGACCCUCAGCGUCGGCGACAAAUCCGUCCCUUCGCUCAUUGUCCCCGACUCGUUCAACUCUGAACUGGUCGGUUACGUGAAAGUCGACUUUAAAUCCCUCGAUGCCUGGUAUGAGGAGCAGGCACAGGUGCUCUACCACCCCAAGGACCCGUAUCACAGAGUCGAUCUCCUCCCCUCAGGGCGACACGUGCGCAUCGAGGUCGACGGUGUGUGUCUCGCCGACACCGGCUCCGAAGGCGGCGUCAUGUCCCUCUGGGAAACCAACUUCCCGGCUCGUUGGUAUCUGCCCCGGACGGCCAUCAAGUGGGAGUAUCUGACUCCGAGUGACACGCACACCGGAUGUCCCUACAAAGGCGAAGCCAGCUAUUACAAUGCCGUGAUCAACGGCAAGGAAAUCAAGGACGUGGCCUGGUGGUAUAAGAAUCCGACUCAGGAGAGCGCCGGCAUCAUCGGCAUGCUGUGUUUCUACCCGAAUAAAGUCGACACUUGGGUCGAUGGGAAGGAAAUCGCAAAAAUCGGGAUGCCGGGCAAGAAGUAG